UAAAGCUAUCGACUAUUUCCAUCUGACUCUCCUAAGAUGACUAACGACCGCUCAUCACUGAACAGGUUUCACUGUGGAUUAAAGUCGGAGUUUCUGAGCUGAUAAACUACAAGCCAUCAUAAUACAUAUGUCAUCAUCAUCAUCAUCAUCAUCAUCAUCAUCAUUAAAGGGAGCGGUGGAAAUUGUUUAAGCUGUUUGGAGUCUCUACGCUCUAUUAUUAGAGGAAAGGAGGCGUUAGGAGGAUGUUCUGUGGAGGAGAUUUGACUCUUUAAUACAGGAGGUGGAAAGUGUAUACCCAAGAUGGGAUAUUCCAGCUGGAAUAAAACCAGGAUCCUUGGAGUGAUAAUGAUGAUCAACUUCCUGAUUUACAUUCUGAUAGAGGUGUCACGGAGUUAUUCCAACUGGGAAGCCACAAAGCCCAUCGUUCCAUCUGAGCAAUUCUGGAAAAAGCCUGAAAACAGCGACGCCUAUUGGAACCGCAAGCAGCAGGUUCUUGAAUACGUUAACAACCCAUUAAUCAUUUCCAGCACUGCUGCUGCCACCACAGAGGAAAUGCAGCUCUCCACUCGUAUGAACUCCACCGCCAAGAGAGAACAUUGCGAACCAAACUUUACAGUAACCGCAGAGGUUAAGGAUUUCAGUUCUCUGCCUCAGCGCUUCAAAGAUUUCCUGCUGUAUAUGAAAUGCCGGUCCUACCCGACGCUAUUAGCUGCCCCAGGUGUGUGUUCUGAAUCGCCUUUCCUGCUGCUUGCUGUGAAGUCGCUGACCCCUCAUUUUGAUCGGCGACAGGCUAUACGGGAGUCCUGGGGACGCGCCGGGAUCCUGAGCAAUCGCCGCGUGGCAACCGUUUUCCUCUUGGGCACAACACCACGAAGUGAUUUCUUUCCAAACGUUUCAGGGAUGCUUCAUUACGAAGCAUCUUUGCAUGGUGACUUGCUUCAGUGGGACUAUCGUGACACGUUCUUCAACCUCACAUUGAAGGAAGUGCUUUUCCUUAACUGGAUAGCCGAGCGCUGCCCUUCGGCUCGGUUCAUCUUCAAGGGUGACGACGACAUUUUCUUGAACACACGAAACAUCCUGAAUUUCCUCGAUGGACUCUCAGACUCAAAGGCACGAGAUUUAUUUGUCGGAGACGUGAUCAGUAGAGCCGGACCGCACCGGGACAAGAGGCUAAAGUACUACAUCCCUGAGAGUUUCUUUGUUGGAGGUUAUCCACCAUAUGCGGGCGGUGGAGGCUUCCUUUACUCUUCUGACGUGGGGAUCCGGUUGAGGAACAUCUCUCAACAAGUCUCUCUCUUUCCCAUCGAUGACGUCUACACAGGCAUGUGCCUGCAGAAGCUUGGUCUGGUCCCGGAGAAGCACCCAGGAUUUAGGACUUUUAACAUAGAGGAAAAGUACAAAGAGAAUGCCUGUAUCUACCAGAGCUUAAUGCUGGUGCAUCCCAGGAGUCCUCAGGAGAUGAUUCAAAUCUGGAGUUGGAUUAGCGACCCAGAGCUGAGCUGCAAAUGAGAUUUAACCAUUGUUCAAUGACUGGAGGUCUGCUAGGGUCAUGAAUGUUUGUUGCUGGGUCGCUUGCUGCUCGGGAUUCUGUUGUAGAGUUCUAACAUCGGAUAAUAUCCCAAUCUUCAGAAUUUCUGCUCUACAGCCAUCAGUGGUGUAUCUGAAUAGUUUAUCUCCAGUCUGCGACUAUGACCGAACCUUAGAUGAGUUCAUGAUUAGAUGAUAUGCUCAUGCUAAUAACUUAUUGUCUAGCAGGUAUUCUGUUUAAAGCCUUUAAGUAAGAGUAAUCUGGCUCAUAGCAGUGUACUUUUAUGUGCAAACACUUCCACUUUAUCUCUUGAGCAAAUGUCUUUCUAAGUUUUUUAUGUAUUUAAAAUGGUACAAUUCUAAAAUUUUGAUAUUUCGGUUCCAUACGAUCAUGACGGUAAUGGAUAUCCUUCAGGCGUAUUGACAUGCUAGCCUUCUAUGCUUGUUGUCCUGAUCAAUUUUUUUUUAUCUUUCGUUUGGCUCAAAGAAGUAAAAAAGAUCAUAGAUCACCUCAUGAAUCUGCUUAUCACGAUCAUAACAACGACACAAUACUGAGGUUUGGUUUAGUGAGCAAACUGAUUCCAUUUUUUCCAUUCCAAGAUGGCCGCCUGCAGAACAUUCAAUUGCUUGGCUACUCUGUGAAAUUUUAUUACUAUGUAGAGAUGACAGGAAGUCCCACUGUGAUCUGAACCACAUUCUCAGUUUUUGGGUAAUUCUCAGUUAGCUCUCUAGCUCUCUAGGCGGUCUACCGGAGUUGGGGCUUUGGUGAGGACUAAUAUUUAAUUUCUAUACAUAAUUUCUAUAAACGUGGCCAUUUAAACAACAACCAUAACAAUAGAACGGGGCAUAGAAGCCUUUAUUAUCGCCACAUAUACAUUACAGCACAGUGGAAUUCUUUUCUUCACAUACCCCAACUGAGGAGGUUGGGGUCAGAGUGCAGGGGCAGCUAUGCUACAGCACCCCUGGAGCAGGGAGGGUUGAGGGCCUUGCUCAAGGGCCUAGCAGUGGCAGCUUGGCUGUGCUGGGCCUUGAACCCCUUGAACCCCGAUCCUCCGAUCAACAACCCAGAGCCUUAACCAGUUGAGCCACCACCGCCACCGCCCAAGCUACUUGCGUUACCAGACGAGAGUUCAUCUGCCAGUUUUUUCAGGGAAUAUGAUGUCAUUUUCAGUAAAGAAACAGUGAACAUUAAUAAGUGAGCAUUAUGGGAUAUUUUGGUAGUUAACAUUCCAAUGCAGUGCAUGAAUUUAGCCCUUAAAUCGGCCCUAAUCGGGAUGAACAACCUGAUUACUGAUCUAGGAGCUGAUUAAGACUCAUCCAUUUUUCUGCUCGGUCGGUGCUUUAGCUUUGUUUAUCUUUAGCUACUAGAGAAGAAAACUUUACUUUUACUUGGUUCAGUAUAACUGAAUUUAUAAUAAUGAUGAUAUUUAUUAUAAUGAUAUAUAUAAACUACAGUAUAUUCUUUCUUAAAUAAGGGAUGUUCUAUUUAAAUAACAGAUCAGUCCAUUGGCGAGUUACUGUAGUAAGCAUAAGGGCUAAAUAAUUUAAGUGCAAUUUGUAGAACGUCAUCCUCUUUUGUUGAAUCGAAAUAAACCAGAGAUUACUGUACCUCAUCAGUCUGUGAAGACGCUCGGAAUUCUGUUUGAGGUUUGACGUUUACAAGUAUGUGAAUUGUAACGUAUGUGAUUUUUACCCACAGUGGAUCCGCGUAAGAAUCCUAAAUUAAUGUAGAUUGUCCUUAAACUCCACUUGGAUUUAGGACAAUUGACACCAAGGUGCACUGUGUAGCGACCAAAAGCCAUCAUCGUACUGUCCUAAAUAGUGUAUUAAUAUAUGUUUGGAACAAACUGUAAUAUAAUUCAUUUUUUUAUUAUGCUAUUUCUAUCAUUUAUAUUAUGCUUAUUAUGCAUAUUUAUAUCGCCUAUUGAAUAAAAGUUAUUAUUUAACAAGUUUGGGCAUUCUGAGAUAUUGUGGUAUUUAUACUUUUUUUUAUAAAUUGUGUUCAGUCGUGUGAGUCUCUUUUAAUUAAAAGAAUAAAAAUCUGUAUAUUCUACAAUUCCCUCCAAAGCUAUCAGAACGGUGAGAGCAGUUCGGUUGUUUUUUGCUGUCGGAUGAAGACAUUUGAGUUUGAGAUCAAAAGAUGGCUAUAAGAAGAGAGUUUAGAAUUUCAGUUUUUAUUUCCUGCUUUUUAUAUGUAAUCUCAAGUUUAAGUUUAAAGUUUAUUUGUAUAGCGCUUUUUACAAUUGACGUCGUCUCAAAGCAGCUUUACGGAACAUAAACAUAGAACAAAAGGUUAAUAUAAAGAAUAAUAUAAAGAUUAAUAAAAUGCAAACUUCACGAUUAAUAUUAGAUGGAUUUAGUUCACAAUGUGUAUGUAUUUAUCCCCAAUGAGCAAGUCUGAGGUGACUCAGGUGACUGAGGUGAGGAAAAACUCCCUUAAGCCCUAUUCGGACAUGAUUAGUUUUACGUGGGGACGUGGGGGUAAAGUAAUUAUUACCAGAGCUUCUCGGUGAUUUUAGUCCCGUAUGAAAUUGUGCCAUCUCGGUAAUCAUUACGGACAAUGUCAGUAAAGAUUACGGCGACUUUUACCUUCUGUAAAAAGGUCCGGAAAAAUUACCUCUGUAAAUAUGUACGGUAAAAUUCCGUCAUUUCCUGUUUAAAAGUAGUUUUUGGCGCGUUUUGCAAGCAUAGAGGCGCUUGAAGAAGCAUUUGGUUGCGUUGUAGUUGGUGGGCCAACUAUGUGGCAAACCUCAAGUGUUUUCCGCAUACCAUUUAAAGCAAAAAGAACGUGUUAACAGGAAGCAACAUCAUACGCACAUGACGACAAGGAGGUUACUGUGGUGCGUAAAGUGAGUUACCCCUCACACUUCUGCUAGUUUUACUGAGAUGUCUUGUCCCGUGUGAAUUGGCCAAUUAAUAUUACAGACGUCCUGAGGUCAAAUUGCAUUACUCCACGUCCCCACGUAAAACUAAUCCCGUCCGAAUAGGGCUUUAGACGGUAAAGGAAGAAACCUUGAGAGGAACCAGACUCAAAGGGGAACCUCAUCCUCAUAUGGGUGACACUGGAGGGUGUGAUUAUAAAUAUACAGUCUAAUAAAUGUUGUAUUAAUGCACCAGCUCGAUGCAAUCUCACCAGCUUGAUGUGAUCUAGAAGUAAAUUACAGGAAAUAUAAGUCGAUAUACUGUGAACAACUCCCGUCUCCUUCCUAUCUUUUGAUGUCAAACCCAAAUGCCUUCGGUGUACAGCACAAAUAAAGGACUUGACCUUGACGCUCCAAGGUCAUUUUGCUUCUUUCCAGAAAUAAAUGCUUUAAAUGAACCACAUUAUCUUUAUAUUAUAUAGACAUAUAUUUAAAUUCAUUCAAAUAUUUAUUACAA